AAGCGCAUGCGCUCGGAGUGGGGGAAGAGAAAGAGGCGUCUUCCGCUGCUGUGACCUUGACAGAUCCGGGAAGCGGAAGUGGGGAGAAAGAGCCAGAAAGCCGCCUGCGGAGGUUCGAGGCAGAAGGAGAACCAGGAGUGAACCGUCGCCAUGCCGAGGGGAAGCAGGAGCCGCACUUCGCGGAUGGCGCCGCCCGCCAGCCGUGGGCCGCCCAUGCGGUCUGCCCCUCCACCAGCUGCCCGUGCCCCUGUUCCAGCUGCUGCCCCCGCCUCAGCAGUGGCAUCUCCAGCCCCCAGGCAGCCUGGCCUGAUGGCUCAGAUGGCCACGACGGCUGCCGGUGUGGCUGUCGGCUCAGCUGUGGGGCAUACCCUGGGGCACGCCAUGACCGGAGGAUUCGGAGGAGGAAGCUCUGAAGCUGCUCGGCCUGACAUCACUUACCAGGAGCCUCAGCCAGCCCAGCCCGUGGGGCAGCAGUCCCAGUUCACCCCUUGCCAGUACGAGAUGAAGCAGUUCCUGGAGUGCGCCCAGAACCAGGCCGACCUGAAGCUGUGCGAGGGGUUCAGUGAGGUGCUGAAGCAAUGCCGUUUUGCAAAUGGUUUAGCCUAACUCAUCUGCCGGGCGACGUUACUCUCCGUUCAAAAAAAAAAAGAAAAAAGACAUGUUGCUAGUAAAUCGUUCUCUAGUCCUUAAAAGCGGGCCUAGCUUUUCUUCAUUCGUGACCAGUUUGUCCAUCUAGAGAAGCACCGAAGAGUCGAUGCAGCGAAACGUGGCAACCUGUGUGUUUCAGGAACGGGUGGGCACAUCCUUUCCCAGUGGCAUCGCUUGCGCUCCUUGAUUCUGCUCGUGUGGGCGUCAGAAAUGUAAUUCUGUGAGCUUCAAAAUAAAAAGUGGAUCACUGUCCACCAAA